GAGAGAGAGGCUUCUUCCAACGAGAUACGUCCCUCUCUCUCUCCUCUGCUCUUCCCUCCUCUGUCGCCGUAGUGGUAAGGAAACCACGUCCUCAAUCUCUCCUCUCUCUCACCCUGGUUCUCUCUUCCCUCUCACUUACUCUUUCUAUGUGAGUUUCUGCCUGUCCAAUUAUCAAUCGAUUUCAUAAUUGGUCCCUAGCCCCUUAACAAAAUCGAUUUCAUGAGAGGAGCCAACGCACUAGGAAAAUCAUGAGAAAAAACGCGCAGACCCCACUAAAAAAACCAAGAAAAAUCCAAUUGAUAAAGGCUUGUAAGGGAAAACCCACUUCCAUCAUAUGUUUUGAUGCGAAAAUGAGCAGGGAACAAGGGAGAAUUAAGGCUUUUUUCUGAACAAUAGAUGGCUUGUAUAUGUAGGUGGAAUGUGGGUUGAGUCUGGAUUGGUUAUUUAUUUGGGGGCAUUUCUUUUGUUACAACGAGCUAUUUCAUUGAUGACCAGAUACAAACUUUCUAAAGACCUUGGUGUUGCUAAAGACCUUGGUGAUAGUGUUGGGUUUCUUACAGGGAGCCUCUCUGCAAUUUUGCCACUACUGUGCUGUCUCUCUAGACUAGAUAACGAGCUAGGGCAUCCGAUAUCCUGCUCUCUCUCUAAGUUGGAGAACGAGUAUUCCAGGUCUUUCAUUCUCUCACUAUGUACCCAGUGAUUUCAAUGCAAACGGUGAUUAUUCCAAACAAGUGCAAUGAAAGGCUGGUUGGACUGUUGCAUGAGGCUGAGUCGAGGCCAAUUAUUGUCUUGUGCCAUGGAUUUCGAUCAUCAAAGGAUGACAGUACCAUCAAGGCCCUCACAACAGCUUUAACUAGAGAAGGAAUCAGUGCAUUUCGCUUUGAUUUCUCAGGAAACGGGGAAAGUGAAGGAUCAUUUCAAUAUGGAAAUUACUGGAAAGAGGUGGAGGAUUUGCGUUCUGUGGUUGAAUACUUUUCUGGGGCUCAACGUAAAACUAGAGCUAUUAUUGGGCACAGUAAAGGUGACCUCCAGUUGUUUAACGGGAACAUUGUUGGAGGAAAUGCGGUGCUUUUAUAUGCUUCCAAGUAUCAUGAUGUUGACACUAUGGUUAAUGUUAGUGGGCGUUUUGAUUUGCGUCAAGGAAUUGAGGGUCGCUUAGGUAAAGGCUUCAUGGAAAAGAUCAAGAACAGCGAAUUUAUUGAUGUCAAAGACAGGAAUGGGAAAUUUGACUACCGUGUUACAGAAGAAAGCUUGAUGGAUCGCCUAAAUACAGAUAUGGGUGUAGCUUUCUCCAUGAUUGCUAAACAUUGCAGUGUCUGGACCAUUCAUGGCACAAAGGAUGAAAUUAUUCCCGUGGAAGAUGCUCUAGAGUUUGACAAGCUAAUCUCGAACCAUAAACUGCAUAUAAUAGAAGGAGCGAACCAUGUCUAUUCCUCUCAUCGGUCAGAAUUAGCAUCCACUGUAGUGGACUUCACAAAAGCUGGUUAUCAACCAGAAAACCAGCAGUCAGAGCAAGUACCAUCUUGUGCAAGAACAAGAUUAAUUUUGUCCAGAAUUUAAUGCAAUUAUAACCAUGGGGAUCGAAUUACAGUGCAAUUAUAACUUGAUGGAGUGUUUGA